AUGUCGUACACGUUUUCGGUGGCGUACCAGAACAGCGUCAAGAAGGUCACGUGCAGGCCCACGGCCAGCGUGAACCAGUUGGUGGCGCUUCUGCUCGACAAAUUCAAGCUUGCCCCCACCACAAACGGCACCUUGGCCCAUGGGUCCAGGACGCUCGAUGGCUUGACGCCGGUGCGGCUCGCCGGGCUCGUCAACAACGCCACGCUCAUUCUCAAGACCGCUCUGGGCCCCUACGAGGCUGCCCUCAAGCUCGUGGGGUCCGUGGAUGGCGUGCCCGUGGCGCAAAUCUUGAAGGUGCAGUCCGACGCCACCUUGCCGCAACUAGUCACGCAAUUGCUCGGCAGUUUGGGCGCCGGGGCGGGGCCCGGGGACAGGCGGGUGGAGUUGGGCGCCAUGCGGCUCGUCGUGCGGAGCCUGCAGCCCGAGUUUGCGGCCAUGACCGUGGGUGCUCUAGUGGGGUUUUCGCCCAAUGCGGUGGUGCGAGUGGCCAUCGGCGACGAGACAGCCGCGGCCCAGACCGCCGGGCCGGCGCGGCGGCAAGGCCGCCCAGACGAGGGCGCCCGGACCCCGGAGCCGGGCGCCGCCUCGGCCCGUGGAAAUGCCGCCGUCUUAGCCUCGGCCCACGAAAACGCCGAUUCCACCGGCCAGCACCACCAAGGGCCCGGGGCCGGGCGGCUCGGGGCCGUGGAUCUGCAGGGGGGACGCGGGCACCAAACGGCCCUGCCCCCGGGCAUCCGCGAGCCUUUAAAGGCCCCCCAGCGGCAGGAAACGACGCCAGAACUGCCCCUCCGGGGCCUGUCUCCUGGCGCAUCUCUGGCCACGGCGGACCGCCAGAGGGCCCGUCCGGCCGCCUUCGCUGCGGCACAAACCCAAAUCACGCCGGCUGCGCCGGAAAGUGCCGAGGUCUGGGCGUUGCCGGUGGAGACCAGCGACACCGUCUACGAGCCCGUGUCUUCCACCGCGCCGUACGAGAACCCCGCCGAGGACUACGAAUUGACGUCCAAGCAGGCGGAAAAAUACUACCAGAUGCUCCGGGCGAUGCAGGGCCGGCCCGCGGCCCGGAAGAAGGCCACCAGGCCGGCGAGAUACACGAUCCGCAUCCGAUUUCCUGACCGCACGCUCCUCGACUUGCACUUCGAGGACCCGGGCACCAAAUUGGGCCAGUUGUUGAAGAAGCUCGACUCGUAUCUCCUCCCGCCACACAGCCACAACUACCGGCUCCGAAACGGGCUGCCGCCAUGCGAGCCGGUUGCGGUUGGGUUUGAUGCCAACAACACGGCGCUUCACCACCACCCGCUAUUCCAGCUGGAAAAGAUCCUCUUGAUCUGGGAAUCGCGCGACCCAGCCCCCGGCCCCUACCUCAAGCCGGAGCUACAAAGAAAAGAUGUGAGUGAGUUGCCGACAGUGGUUUUGGAUACCCACAGAGGCAAUCUCGAGGCCGAAGACGAGACUACGGGGGGCGUGAAAAACACCUUUGGCAGAGAGGGCAAGGAGACUGCCAAGCCGAAGAAAACGGGAAUGCCAAAGUGGUUCCGGCCAUAG